CGUGGUGGGCGCACUUUUUUGGAGCGGGAGGAAGUGCUGCGCUUUACUCCCCCACCCCCAGCUCCUUGGUUUCUCCUACCCAGCAGUCUUUGGGGGAAGUCGGGUGAGCCCAUUCCUAGGGCGCGGGGGAACUGAGCUUGGCCGUUAAGGCGAUGGGCGGAGCCUGAGCCUCCAGGAGAACAACUGAGUCCCGGAACACCCACCCUGGAGGGGAGGGUUGGUCUGCCUGCUCUCCGCUAUGCCGCUGCCUGUUGCGCUGCAGACCCGCUUGGCCAAGAGAGGCAUCCUCAAACAUUUGGAGCCCGAUCUUCAGACACUUGGAUUUGGAAUGUGCGUGACAUCUGACACAGCAGAACCAGAGGAAGAGAUCAUUGCUGAGGACUAUGAUGAUGACCCGGUGGACUAUGAGGCCACUCGCUUGGAGGGCCUGCCACCAAGCUGGUACAAGGUGUUUGACCCUUCCUGUGGGCUCCCGUACUACUGGAAUGUGGACACAGACCUUGUGUCCUGGCUCUCCCCACAUGACCCCAACUCGGUCGUUACCAAAUCUGCCAAGAAGCUCAGGAGCAAUAAUGCAGACACUGAAGAGAAGUUGGAUCGGGGCCACGAGAAGCCAGAUCGGGGCCACGAGAAGCCGGAACGGGGCCACGAGAAGCCGGAACGGGGCCACGAAAAAUCAGAGCGAGGCCACGAGAAGUCUGACAGAGAUCGAGAACGUGGUUAUGACAAGGUAGACAGAGAGAGAGAGAGGGACAGGGAUCGGGAUCGUGACCGUGGGUAUGACAAAGUGGACAGGGAAGAGAACAAGGAACGGCGCCAUCAUCGCCGAGAGGAGUUGGCUCCCUACCCCAAGAGCAAGAAGGUGGCGAGCCGGAAAGAUGAAGAGUUAGACCCCAUGGACCCCAGUGCGUACUCAGAUGCACCUCGGGGCACGUGGUCAACAGGACUCCCCAAGCGGAAUGAGGCCAAGACAGGUGCAGACACAACAGCAGCUGGGCCCCUCUUCCAGCAGCGCCCCUACCCAUCACCAGGGGCUGUGCUCCGGGCCAACGCUGAGGCCUCCCGAACCAAGCAGCAGGACUAAGCCUCCCAACCACGCCAGGGGGUAUUAAUAAAGGCUUUUCGAUGCAAUGUGA